GUAUUGCCGGUUUGCGAGCUACUGCUGCACAUACCUGACCAAACACUCCGCGCGACAUAAUGAACAGCUCCCUGGUCGUUUUUGCCAUCAUGGCCAUCGCCCUAGUGGCUGCCCAGCAGCCUGAGGAAUCGACCUCACUCGGUGGUAGCAAGCCAAAUACGGGUAAACCUUCAACCGGCGGUGGUGGUGGUGGUGGUCCCGUAAAUUUGGAGCAACGUACCGUCGACCAGCAAAACCAACUGCUAGCAACUGCUUUUGCCCGUGCCUUUCCGGAAGAUACACCUGCUGAAUUUCAACCUAUGGUGGUAGCACUGUACGUUCGUUGCCAGGCGGAGCUGGACAAUUGUGCUGACUUUUUAUGGGAAACCCAUCUGCUGCGAGAGUAUCGUAAUUGUGCAAUGACGCAACGGCGCCUAUGCACGCAAGAGAUGCAGGAAUUGCAAGCCCAACUGCAGGCAAUGGCCGAUACGAACAAUGAACAGUUUGAGCUAUCACCGGAAGAGCAGGAAUUGCUUUCGCAGCUUGGUUACUAGAAAUGAGUAGCUGGAUAGGGAAUCGAUCAACUGAAACAAUCGUUUUACAUUUCCUCAAAAAGGUAGUGAAUGCAAUAUAGUCUAGGAUAAUUAUUGCAUUACCCGUUAGCUCAGGUUUCUUUAUGUAAAGAAGAUAUUACAUUAAAUACCCCACUGUCGAAACUUA